UCAUGCAAACGAAGAAGGGGGAAAGGAAGAAUUAUUUAUUUGUUCAUUCAGUUGACCGGUUGAUUUUAUACAGAAGAAAACCAAGGGAAUCUAGCGUUCAGGUACUGUGCGUGAGUGAGUAAGUGUGUGUGUGUGUGUGUGUGUGUGAAUAAUUCUGAAACUGGGCGGGAAUUGUCCUUAUAAAGGAAUGAAGGGGAGGACGAUUUCUCCCCAUUCUGCUCUCUGCCUCAGAAGGACGCAGAUGUCCCACACAGCAAUGGAUUUACCAGAAUAUAUCAAACAAGUCCUCUGAAGAUCUCAACAUCAGCCAAGAGAAAGGAGGGAAAAGGUGAACAUUGGUUGGAGUUCGUGAACAAAAGAAGGAAAGAAACAAAGAAAGAACGACAAACAAAAAAAAGAGAAAGAGAGAGAAAGUGAGAGAGCUUGGGGAAGGUGAUUAGUACCAUAAGAAUUCCUCCAAGGAGUCGGAUUUUACCCGAUUUGUAACCUCGCCCUGUGUGAUUAUGAUGGGACGCUACGUGGUACAGAUGUCACGGCUUGUCCUCACUCUCCUCCUGGUGCUUGGGGUCGGCCUGUCUCUGGGUCAAAACGACACUGAGCCUGUGGUCCUGGAAGGGAAAUGCCUCGUGGUGUGCGACUCGAACCCGUCGUCGGACGGCGGCGUGACGUCAGCGCUUGGCAUCUCGGUGCGCUCGGGGAGUGCCAGGGUAGCGUUCUCGGCCAUCAGGGGCACCAAUCACGAGCCGUCUGACAUGAGCAACACCUCCACCACCAUCUACUUUGACCAGGUUCUGGUGAACAUCGGCAACCAUUUUGACUUGAAGGCCAGCGUGUUCACGGCACCGCGGAGGGGAAUCUAUAGUUUCAGCUUCCAUGUGGUGAAAGUCUACAACAGACAAACCAUCCAGGUGAACCUGAUGCACAACGAAUACCCCAUCAUAUCUGCAUUCGCCGGAGACCAGGAUGUCACGAGAGAGGCGGCGAGUAACGGAGUGUUACUGAUGGUGGAGAGGGAGGACCGGGUUUAUCUCAAACUGGAGCGAGGGAAUCUCAUGGGCGGAUGGAAAUACUCCACCUUUUCUGGAUUUUUAGUUUUUCCUCUCUAAUUACUGAAACUGACUUUUUUUUUUUUUUUUUUAAGAGAGCUUGGGGGUAUUGAUAAUAUUGCUGAAUAUGGACCCUGGAGUUUGUGUAUUAAUCUUAAUAUAACCCUGAGCAAGAGGAGCCCAUUUGGAUUUUAUCGUUGGGGGAAAAAAAUACCUUUUCGCCUGAGAAUGAAAGCGGACAACUAUAUAUGUAUACAAAAAAAAAAAAGAAAAAAAAAAAAGAAUAACUGGGAUCCCGGACUGCGUCUAUUUAUAUCGAAACAAAGCUUUUCGUUUGUGUUCGUAGAGCCUUAAAGAUCGUUUGUGAGGUUGACUGUGGAGCUGCGGACCUUCCCGAUUCGAGUGAAGCAUUACUAAAGUGAAUCUGUCUCUGCACGAAUGGAAGAUCCUGUUUGUCUGUGGUGUUCAUGGUGUUUCCUUCGGACGCUGAACAUAUUCAACAUUAUGCCACACAUAGGCUGCCUAAUAUACAGUGAAUAUUAAAAGAGUAAAAAAAAAAGAAACAGAAAGAAAUAUCUAUAUAUAAAUAUCAUAUAACCAGCCAAUGGAGACAACUUCAAAGCUGAAGGUCUAUCUCAAUUUAUAAAGUACAUAUUAUUCACAUGGUGUGUUUUACAUUCCAGAUCUGCGUUAACUUUAACUGAUUUGCUGUUCCGUGAUCCUGCUCACAAAAAUGUGCAUUGUGGAAAAACAAAACCCUUUCUGAUGUCCCGCCUAAUAAAAUAUUGUAUUGUA